AUGGGUUGGGCCAGCAUCCUGGUUGCGAUUCAUGUAUUGAUCGAGAUCGCAUUGAUCUUUCGCGUGAUAUUACGGCCGCACCGGGAGCCGGCCUCGCGAAUUGCCUGGAUCGUUGUGAUCGUCACGGUUCCAGUCGUCGGAAUUGUGGCCUAUCUGCUCUUCGGUGAAGUGAGCAUCGGGCGGAAACGCAUCGCCAGAAUGCGGCAAGCCAUCGAAAGUCAGCCUAAGUUUGCCGGCCCCGUCGCUGGAGAAGAGGAGAAUUUCAAACCCUCCGUUCCUGAGGCCUGGGAUCAUCUGUUCCGAGUUGGCGAAUCGAUUAGCGGAUUUCAGCCAGUGGGUGCUAACCAAGCAACUCUAAUGGCAGAUUCGAACACAAUGGUCGAAUCACUCAUUUCCGACAUCGAUUCCGCAACCGACCACGUGCACCUGUUGUUCUACAUCUGGCUGGCCGACAACAACGGCUGCAAGGUCGUCGAAGCGCUCAAACGCGCAGCCGCCCGAGGCGUGAAGUGUCGGGCCAUGGCCGACGGGCUCGGUUCUCGAUUAAUGAUCAAAUCAGAACACUGGCGCUCGAUGCAGGCAGCAGGAGUCCAUGUGGCCGAGGCCCUACCAAUUGGCAAUGUCCUUCUACGGCCUUUCAUGGGGCGUAUCGAUCUUCGCAAUCACCGCAAGAUCGUGGUGAUCGAUGGUAGGGUUACCUAUUGCGGAAGCCAGAACUGUGCCGAUCCCGAGUUUCGCGUUAAAGCGAAAUACGCCCCUUGGGUCGACGCGGUAAUGCGUUUUGAAGGACCCAUCGUUCGGCAAAACCAGCACCUGUUCGCUAGCGAUUGGAUGACCUUCGUCGAUGAAGAUCUAACCGACCUGCUUCGUUCUCCCAUCCCGGCACCUCAAGCGGGCUUUCCCGCUCAGGUGAUUGGCACGGGGCCUACCGUACGCUACUCGGCGAUGCCUGAGACGUUCGAGUCGCUCAUGUAUGCGGCCCGUCGUGAGUUGAUUGUCACAACGCCUUACUAUGUUCCGAACGAAUCACUGCAGGAAGCAUUAUGCGCAACCGCUCGCCGUGGAAUUGAAACCACGAUCGUGUUUCCAGCUAACAACGAUUCGUGGAUCGUUGCUGCAGCGAGCCGGAGCUAUUACUGGGACCUGUUAGAUGCGGGCGUGAAGAUUCAUGAAUACGUCGGGGGGCUGUUGCACACCAAGUCGCUGACCAUCGAUGGCGAGGUCACUCUGAUUGGAUCGGCCAACAUGGAUCGCCGUAGCUUCGAUUUGAACUACGAAAACAAUAUCCUCUUUUGCGAUCCCCGAUUGACCGAAGCCAUCCGCAACCGGCAGAUGGAGUAUCUGCAGAAGUCGACUCCUGUUACCCAGGAGCAGGUUGCAGAACGCAACUUGCCAAGCGAACCACCUCGCUUUCGGGUUCUGGGAGCUGAGGCGAAUCCCGCAAUUCCGUUGCAAACCCUACCAGCGGUCGCUUUCACUCGGGUCGCGAAAGGGCCUCACUGGACGAUCUCGCAUUCGGGUCGCACCGUGCCGUUUCUUCGAGCCAACCUUCUAGCAAUCACGCUUGUCCUCACGGUCACGUGUUGUGUCGGUUGCAGCUCGUGCCCCACGUGGCAGGCGCCUUCAAUUCCCGGCGUAUCGCAAAGCACGGCCGCGGCGAACUCCGUUUAUCUGGCGUCGAACCCCUGCGACCCCGCAGGCUACCGCAAAGCAAUCGAUGAGCGGAUCGCUUGGUACGAAGCAACCGGCGACCCCAAGAUUGCGCAGCAACUCUCCGAGACGUUCGUCGCGCUAGCCGUGGAGGCAGAUCAGGCCAGGCACUCGAGUGUUGGCGGCUGGUACUAUUUGGCUGCGGUCUAUAGCUGGAAAACUCUCAGCGAUGGCGCGACCAGCCCCGCCCUAUGGAGUCGAGCUUCUCAAGUCUAUUGCGAAAGUCUUGCGCGCGUAGUGACCAUCGCCCAAUACAACGGCUGCUACCAGCCCGGGCGGGCGAUGCAAGUGGAGACUCCCUAUGGCCCUGUUCAGAUUCGACUGCACGCCCACGAGUUUCCUUGGCAGCCGAGCGACUUCCAGGAACUCUAUCCCGUGGGUGAGUAUGAGACGAGCGUCAUCACACGUAAGCACCGCCGGCCAGGCUAUGGAUUGCCCAUCGUUGUCCGACGUAGUCAUCCGACGUGCGCUUAUAUCGAAGAAGCGAAUCUGAUCGACGGACUCUGCUUUGCAGCUACCGCAGUGUUGACCCCGAACGAUGACGAAUGCCCGGGCACUCCGGGGGGAAUCCCGAGGAGUGCCACACUCAGUCUCUACAACCCACUAAACACGGCGUCAAUUGAGGAGUGCGGAGAGUCGCUCCCCCUCGCAGCGGAUGUCACGGCGCCGUUUGCUUACCACGCCAUCAACCAGGGUGAUUCCGAUUUCUGGUUAACCUCGUUCCUCGAUCCAGACGCCGCGGCGGAUGAUGGGUUGUUCCUAAUCGAACCCUACCAGCCGGGGAAGAUCCCUGUUGUGUUCAUCCAUGGGCUGCUUUCCAGCCCCGCCACAUGGGUCGACCUGGCGAACGAUCUCAGGGCCCACCCGGGUUUCAACGAGCACUAUCAGAUCUGGGCAUUUCGUUAUUCCACCGGUGGCCCUUUCCUCGAAGCUGGGGCUCAGCUUCGACGUGAAAUGGGCCAACUUAUAUCCAUGGUCGAUCCCCAAGGCUGCGACGCUGCUCUGGAACAGAUCGUCCUGCUAGGUCACAGCAUGGGGGGGCUCGUAGCCCGGCUGCAAACCUUUGACAGUGGGUGUCAGCUUUGGAACGCAGUAGCGAACCGCCCCCUGGACCAGAUUGUCACCGACGAGCAAACGCGGGCGCUCUUAGCCGAACAGUUCUUUUUCCAGGCCCAAACCUCGGUCAAACGGGUGGUCUACCUCGCCACGCCACAUUUGGGCUCAGAGUGGGCGAACCGGCCGAUCGGGCGGUUGGCCUCGGCGAUGGUUCGUCCCAGGCCGGGUAUCGAGAGACGCCAUGAGCAACUGAUCCGGGACAAUCCCGGCGUUUUCUCCGGGGAACUGGAGCGGGGUAUUCCGACCAGCAUCGACAUGCUCGACCCUCAGAGCCCGCUGCUGAGAACCAUCCGAUGCCAGCCAACCGCUUGUUGGAUCGAGCUAGAUUCGAUCAUCGGUACCAAGCACAUUCCCGUGUUCGAAAAACCCGGUGACGGAAUCGUGCCUAUCAACAGUGCACUGUUUCCCGGCGUCGAAAGCCAACUCUUCGUCUACGCCAAACACACCGAGGUCCAUCGUAACCAAGAUUCUACCUCAGAAGUCUGGCGGAUUCUCCAGCAACAUCUGGGUGAAGUUUCUGUCGAAUUGAGUGAGGGUUGCAAUACAAUGGCAGUCGGGCCGUAG